UUCCUGAGACCUGGGACUUUCAGUGCUAAAAUUUGGAGUUUCCACGUGAACUGCAUCGAAGUGCUCGCCAGAGUCACAGGGCAAACACAUGCCUGAGUUACAGGGUGGUUGGUCUAGUCUUCUAGGACUCCUACAAAAGACAAAGCUUCUUACCUGCCGAGUUAGGUGUUGGAUGAGCUAGGAGGAUGCUUACCAGAUGUGGAGUGAAUUUAACACGCCUGUGGGCUUUCUGCAGAUUAAUCUGGCCUUCUUUCUGAUGACCUUCUGGAUAGUGAAAAACAAGCUCUCCUCCCUCAACAGAGAUGUGUCCACCCUCCAGAACACCAGGAUGCUGACAUUCAAAGCGACGGCUCAGCUCCUCAUCCUGGGCUGCACGUGGUGUCUGGGUGUCCUGCAGGUGGGGCCAGCUGCCCGCAUCAUGGCUUACCUCUUCACCAUCAUCAACAGCCUGCAGGGAGUGUUCAUCUUCCUGGUGUACUGCCUCCUCAGCCAGCAGGUCCGAAAAUGGUUCAGAGAGAUCAUGAAAUCUAAACCUGAGUCUGAGACUUACACACUUUCCACCAGGUUUGGCGCAAACUCAAGACCCAGUGAGGGGGGGGUGUUUUCCCAGAGCAACUGAAGAGAAAAUAUUCGAACUAGAACAUUCGACCCCACAUGGAAAGUCACAGCCACGGAUUUGGUUGGCAUCGUGAAGAACAGAGCUGGAGACCAGGGGGACCAUUACUUUGACCUCCUUGGAGAGGAAAUGUUCAGCCUUUACUUCCUGAAGUGUUUGUUCUGCGUAACGGGCCCCCAGUAAAUGGGUGUUGCAUUGGGUUUCUCUUCGCUGUCAUGGGCUCAGCCAGUGCUUGUCGCUGGGGACCCCAAUCAUGACCAUUGCAAAUAGUCCCUGGACGUUUUAUAAACAAGGAAGGCCCCUUUAAAGGCCUUUCCUCAAAUUCUUACACGCAUUCGUCCUAACCUUGCUCUUGAAACUCAUCCAGUCCUUCAGACCCUCAGCUUCUCCCAAACUGUCAGCUGUACCUCCUUUCUUAUCCAGGCUAAAGCUCACGGUCAACCAUGUCGAAAGAUUUUCUCCCCUAAUCGUGACACCUUGCUCCCUCAUUCUGAUUCCAUUCUGAUUCCGGGGAACACCUUGAUCCAGGACCAGUCCAACAAUGGCAGUCACUACAGAUUGCUAAGUCAGCAGCCGUCACCAUAUCAUAUGCUCCUUAUCAACACAACCUUGGUAAUUUGCAGGUGUGGGACAGCAGUGUGCCUGGACGCAGGGGGCCAGCUGAGACUGGUCCGAGCCCAGUUAUUCUCAACCAGAGGUGAUUCCCCACCCCCAUAGGACAGUUGACAAAGUCUGGAGGCCAUUUUUUGUUGUCAUGACUGGGGAAAGGCAGGGGAAUGCUACUGGCAUGUAUGUGGUAAAGGGCAGGGAUGAUGCUAAACGUCCCAUAAUGAACAAGACAGCCCCCACAUCCACACAACCAAGGAUUAUCAAUCCCUAAAUGUCAGUAGCGCUGAGGUCAAGAAACCCCAGCCUAAACUAGCCGUAGCGAUUGUGUUCCCAUCUGCUAGAGACUGGUUUCGGAUGGGUGCGUCUGGACCAGUUCUGGGCAAUGAGAUAUAAGAAACACCUACUGGAAAAUACUUUUUCUCCUUGAUAGAAACAAAGACAAAUUCAAGGGCAGCCUUCCCGUGACGUCCUGGUUUGGGCUGCUACACGACCCUAUUGCUAAGCCACUUUGGGUCGGGUAAUGUUAUUUGGAGUCCAAAGCAUCCUUCCUUGUGAACAAACCACUUCUCCAUCAGGGCAGUGAGAUCCCAGAAUCACUCGGUUUGGAGUCAUUACAAAUACGUGCUUUCUGAUAUACACCAGACUCUCCAUGCUACCCGGAAUUUGUUCUUCCUGUCCGUAGUCCGCUUCCCCCCAAGAAAAGCUGUAGCUUUUCACUUCCUUCCUCUGCCCCCAUCACCUUUCCCCUUACAUGAGGCAGGAGACCUUGUCGACUCCUUCAGAGAUAACAAACACCAGCUGACAGGAACUACCCCAACUUCCUGACGU